CUUCAAAUUCCAUUACUCCACUCAACAUACAGAGGUUUUUCCAGGCUGAUCUCAAAAAUGUCUAGGAUCAUGUUCUGGUUUAUCCGUCUGUCUCUGGGACUCCUGUUGCUCCACCUGGCUGCUGCUCACGUUUUCUUGGACAGCCAGGAGGCCAGUCAGGUGCUGAACCGAAACAGACGAGCCAACACCCUUUUUGAGGAGUGGAAACAAGGCAACAUGGAAAGAGAAUGUAGGGAGGAGCUCUGCAGCUGGGAGGAGGCGCGGGAGAUAUUUGAAAACAAAGAAAAAACUAAUGAAUUCUGGGCCACGUAUGUUGAUGGUGACGCAUGUAUAUCGACGCCCUGUGUUCAUGGUGGACAGUGCAAAGAUGGGAUUGGUAGCUACACUUGUUACUGCCAAGAGGGCUACCAGGGCUUCAACUGUGAAAUCGUUGUUCCUCAGCUCUGUGAGAACAAAAAUGGUGGUUGUGAUCAUUUCUGCAACGUGAUCCAGGGAAAUGUUCAUUGCUCCUGUGCUGACGGAUACUAUCUGGCAUCAAACGGCAAAUCCUGCCAUUCCAAUGAGACCUACAAAUGUGGUGUCAUUGUCGGCAAAGACACCCGGACUGUUUUCCGGUACGAGCGGACAAAUACAACAGUGGAGAACACAACUGAGUCAAACAUCAGCUUAACAAACCAGCCGGAGAUUGUGUCUGAAAUGGCCGUUAUGACUCGCAUUGUCAAUGGAGAGGACUGUCCACCAGGAGACUGUCCAUGGCAGGCCCUGCUCGUGAACGAAGAAGGAAUCGGUUUCUGUGGAGGAACGAUACUCAAUAAAAACAUCAUCCUGACCGCCGCCCACUGCAUGAAUCAGUCACGUUACUUCAAUGUCAGGCUCGGUGAGUUUGACAGGUUGGCAGAUGAUGGUAGUGAAGCUGACCAUGAUGUGGAAGCUAUCCUCACCCACAGAGCGUACAAACCAGACACCUACCACAAUGACAUCGCACUCGUCAAAUUAGCCACGCCCAUCAAGUUCACCAGGUUCAUCCUGCCAGCCUGCAUUCCUGAGCAAGACUUUGCCGAAAAGGUCCUGAUGCAGGAACCAGACGGCAUGGUCAGCGGUUUUGGACGUCUUGGUGAGGGUCGGGAGGCGUCCGAAAUCUUGCAGCGUCUCUCUGUGCCUUAUGUGGACCGUCAGACCUGUUUGGAAUCCACUCAAUUGCGCAUCUCUGCCCGCAUGUUCUGCGCUGGAUACGACACAGAAGCCAAGGACGCCUGCCAAGGUGACAGCGGUGGGCCGCAUGUCACACGUUACCAUAGCACCUAUUUUAUUACUGGCAUUGUGAGCUGGGGUGAAGGCUGUGCACGCAAGGGCAAGUAUGGCGUCUACACCCAGGUGUCCAAGUACAUACAGUGGAUCCGCGAUGGUAUGGCAAAGCUGAUGCACAACGACAAGACCGGCAGCAGGCAGAAGAGGCACCAUGCCCCAAUAAGAAGGCUUUAUCUGUAAAACAUCUGUAAUAACCCACUAAGCAGAGGUCACUCACAUGUUGCUCCUCUCAUGUAAUAAGUUCUGAACAGUCAGAGAAACAUUUAUCCCUGUGAGCAAAGAGCUGCAAAUCCCACUUGUGACAGAAAGGACUAGAGUCAACUGUUGAUGGGGUUCCUCAGGGUUCUAUUCUUGGUCCCUUAUAUUUUUGAUUUAGUUUAUGCAACACUAAUGUUUUUCUUUUUUUUCCAUGGCAGUCAUUUGAAGUCAUGAUCGAAGUGAAUUUGAGUCCUGCCUUUUGGUUCUGUACUUGGUCUCAGUCUCCUCUCCUCUGUUUCAUGUUCUGUUUUUUUUCCCCCUGAUUUUUCUUUUCCAUUAAAGAGAAACUGUUACUAAUAUGGCACAGCCACUGAAACCUGAUCUAAUAAUUUUGCAGGUCGGUAUAACUGAAAGAUUUUCUGAGAAUGUAAAAUAUUUUAAAAUCUCUAUAAAGCAGUUUCUGUUUCCAUGUGUUGUUUAUGAGUCACUGACUGAAACGAGCAUUUGAGCUGAAUGUGAAACAAAUAAAAACAAAAUAUAAGAACAA